AUGUCGCAAUUUGUACCUGCAGACCGAUUUGUUCUGCCAGAAGGAUCGGCUCUAGCUUCCAGCAGACUCCACACGAUCUUCUACGGUUCUCUGGUCAUCCAACAUGUCAUCUUCCAUGGCCUGUCACACUCUUGGCUCAAGGGCGGCAGUAAGGACAUGCUCAAAAGGCGCUGCUGGAUCCUGACCACCCUGGCCAGCUUCGUCAUGUGCAUCGCUAGCUUGCCAUAUCUCUACGAUCUCAUCCUCGGCGGCUUUGACCUUCAUGCCAUCCGACCUAGGACCAAGACGGUCGCCGAGCCAUUGGCUGCUUUCUUCGUCGCCUACCUCCUCUCGGACCUCACACUCGGCUCCAUCUACUAUCGGAAGCUGAUCAACCUGUCGUCAGGUUGGAUCCACCACAUCGCUUACACCUUCCUCUUCUCGUUUUGGGUUCACAAAGGCUGGGGCCACAUCGCAGCAGCGGCUGCCAUCUUUGAGCUGCCGACACUCAUUAUGGGCGUUGCUUCCAUUCACCCGGUCCUCCGCUCCAACAUGGCAUUCACUGUCACCUUUUUUGCUACACGCGUCUUCUACCACUUUGCCCUGCUUCUUUCUAGCGUCACCGAACACGGUCGCAGUGCUCCCGGCAUCAACGGCAGCUGGGGUCCCGCCAUCAGUCUGACUGUCACCUAUCCCAUGCAUCUUUGGUGGGGAUACAAGUGUGUAUGCAGCAUCCGACGUAGGAUGCACAAGAGGAAACUCGGAGCAGCACAAGUCGCCAAGGAGAAGGCGUCGCUUGCCUCUGCUGCUGGCCAGCUCUUCAACGGCAUGCCAGCACCAGACACAAGCAGUGCUGUCAAUACCCCUGCCGUUACCCCAGGUGCAGGUGCAACACCAGCAACUGCCAACUUUGGCGCCACCGGUCCCGUCCAUGCCGCUUUCGCACGCGCUGCAUCUGCUGCUCGACCUAAUGUCAACCUCCUCUUGCCGAAUCGCCGCCGAGGUCAACGUCAAGCUGAUGAGGUGCAUGCGACCCACCCACUCCUCUUCAGAACGCUUAACCCAAGCUACAUCAACUCCAAUUCAAUUUUCACUGCUCCCGUGGCUCCCGAUGGUGCCGGGCCUGACGACAUCGAGCCCUUCCUGGCGAUCCGAUCUCCUGCAGAGGCUAGCGAUCGAGCCCGCCGUUUGGUAGCCGAUGCCGUUCGCAAGGUCUGGAUCAAUGCCCCUGCCAGUUGGCGCCGUCAAUUCGAAGAGGAAGCAGGUGUGCGACCUAAGGGGCUGGGAGCCGCAGGUCGCAUCCCUUCUUACACUACGGACGAGUCCUCAGAAGAGUAUGAAGAGGCCGACUCGGACUUGAUUGCCUCUUCCAACGCCCCCUCUGGCAUGUCAGAAUCUCGAGCACGCCGCUACCUUCAAGCACAGCGCUCGCGCAUUCGUCAUGCAGUGCUCCGUGCUGUGAGGACGGCGAUCAACGGUCGAGAUGCUGAUGGUCUCAAAGCUGUCACCUCGUUCGACGGCAAUCGCAUCACCACCUUUGCCGAUGGAGCUCUUGCUGGCGCUGGUGACAUUCGACCCUCCGGCAUCGAUCGGACUCUGCUUUCACUUGACUUCAGCUCACUUAUCAAGUAUCUCCCUCCCGACUUUUGGGGGCAGGACUACGAGAUUCGCGAGUUCCCUGUCGAGCAAGUGGCGCAGGGCGGGCGUCGCAGACGCAUCGUUGGCCAGAUCCGUCGGCGUAUGGAGGUAGCUCGACGCAAUUUUGUUGUGUUCGAUUGA